UAUCACGACACACAACCACGCCGGCCGGGUCCGGGUGGUCCGGGAGGUCAUGCGGUUGUACUACUGGGUCGGCGUGACGGAGUCGGUGAAGUCCUGGAUCCAGGCCUGCUCCGUCUGCCGGAGCCGAACCCCCGCCGAGCCGGCGGCGGCGCCCGUCCGGUUCUGCCUGGCGUACGGCUGCGACGCCUCCAGCUACGUUUACCCCGCGCUCAGCUUCCACAGGUUCCCGAAGGAGGCGGAGCUCCGGCGCCGCUGGCUGGCGGCGGCUCAGAGGGACGAAGGCUCCCUGCGCACCAACUCCCGCCUCUGCUCCAGGCACUUUGAGCCGGCCUGCUUCUCGCCGGGCGAGGAGGCGGGCGCUGGGGGGCGGCCGGCUCUGGCGGCGGACGCCGUGCCCACCGUCAUGUUGGCGCCGCUGCAGGAGGACGAGCUUCCGGUCCCUUCAGACGAGGACCUCCUGAACUCCGCCACCCUGGAGGAGCUCCUCCACGCCGCCGCCGCCGACAGCGCGGACGCCUCCGAGCCGGCGUUCGAUCCCUCGGGACCCCGCGCCGAGCUGCAGGAGCACCGGUACUGCCUCCCUGGCCCGGACCCGGACUCCAGAGAGGCCCAGACCGUGGUGGAGCCCAACAAGAGGAAGACCGUCAUCGAGCAGAGCUUCAAGGCGUACAACCAGAUUGCUGGGUACUUGGGGAACAAAGUGCUCCCCGUGCAGAGCAAGGCGGCCCGCGGGGGUUUGAAGAGGAUGGCCAAGCGCUUCGGCCUGAAAGACGGCGUGCUGAUGUACACGCGGGUCUCGCCUCCCCUCAGGGUGCCGCGCAGCAGGGACGAGGUGAACUCCAUCCUGCAGCAGUUCCACAACAACCAGGGUCACCACGGCCACGGCAUCUGCCAGCGAGCCAUCACCAAGCACUUCUACUGGGCCAGCAUGACCCGCGACCUGGCCCGCUGGAUCUCCAGCUGCCACACCUGCCUGACCCGGACCAAGAGGAAGUGGCUCCGCUGCAGCGUCUCCACCUGCACCAACUGCUGCGGGCCGGUGGAGCGCGGCCUGGGUCUCACCUUCCACAAGUUCCCCCUGUAUGACCCCGCCCUGCUGGCCCGCUGGCUGAAGGUGGUGGGACGUCCCAACUGGCACCCUCGGCUGGGCUCCUCCGUCUGCUCCACCCACUUCACCGAGGACUGCUUCGACCGCAGCGGGGAGAAGGUGUCGGUCCGGCCGGAUGCCGUGCCCACGCUGCUGGUGCACGGCGGUGGUGCGACUCCGGCCGAAGGACCGACUCCGCCUGUAGGGGAGGAGGCCUAUUUCGCCAAGUACGACGCCGUGGAGCUCUACCUGAGCAGACGCACCUACCCCCCGGGGCUGAGCUACGUGGAGAAGAACACCUUCAGGAGGUUCUGCAAGCAGUUCUCCAUCAAAGACGACGCGCUGCACAUCGCCAGGGGCGACCGGGUGCGCUUGGUUCUGAGGAGCCGGCAGCAGGUGGAAGCCGCCCUGACGGAUUAUCACAACGAGCUGAACCACCUCGACCUGGACAAGUGUCUCCGGCUGCUCAACGAAAGGUACUUCUGGAAAACCAUGAGGAGUGACGUGCUGCAGUGGAUCAACAGCUGCUCUCAGUGCAGCAGGAGGAAGAGACCAGCCCACCAAUCAGGGCCCAGAAAGCGUCUGGAGGCGAUGACAUCACCAGCAACACCUGACCACGUGGACAGCGAGGAUGACGAGGGCGGUGCUGCUGAAGCCGAUGAAGGGGGCUGUGAUGAAGAGCAGCAGCCGCGUCCGACUCCACUGGGAGGUUUCUCGGCGGCAGACGAGCAGGAGGACGCUUCGCCCCCCCAGCCUGCGGCUCCCAUCACCCCCCAGCCCAGAAUCCCCAUCCUGCUCCAUCUAAGGACUCCCAUCGGCUUCCAGCCCAGAAUGCCCAUAGUCCUCCGGAAAGGGACCCCCGACGGCCCCUUUGUGGCCCGGCUCCUGCCCGUCGAGACUGCGACUCCCCCGCAGCGCAAGACGAAGGAGACGAGCUUUGGCAAAGACCAGGACCAGACCAGACCUCCUGCUGGGUCGCGUCCUCCGCCGGAGCGCCCGGCUCAGCACGGACUCCCGCAAGCGGCGAGCGAGCAAAAACGGCCGAUGACCCUCUGCAUCCAGCGGCGGGUGAAGAAGCAGCGAGACCCGCAGGCGGCGUCUCCGGCUAAGCGGAGGUCCUGCGGCGGCCUGGAGCCUGUGGUGGCCCCGAGCACCAAACCCUGGCCCGUCUUCACCAUCGCCGGCUCCGCCCCGGUGCGGCUGGCCGAGUCCCUUCCUGAGGUCGGCAGCACCGUUCCGUUGGUGAGGCCCGGGGGCCUCCAGGCCCGGACCGUCAUCCAGCAGUGCACCGCGGCGAGGGUGAAGAUCCGACCGGCGCUGGACGGAGCCGCCGCUCAGUGGGCCGAGAUCCAGGAGGGGAUGGUGGUCUACGUCUGCUUCCUCCACGGAGCCACCGAGGACGUCGCCCAUCAGAUGGCCGGCAGCCUGAUGACCACCAGACUGUUCCGCAAGGACUCGGGCCACUCGGUGUCGGUGCUCGACCUCCCCGGGAGCGUCCUGUUGGUGCCCCAGGACUCCCUGCUGGGGGAGCCGCUGCCCAGGAGGCGGGUGCAGUACCGGGGGGGCUGCGAGCUGUGGCGCGGCGCCCAGCUCUUCUCCAGCCUGGUGGCCGCCUGCAGGGACUUGAUGGACGGCUCGGCCAAGUGCGCCAAGGCGGGCGUGGCGGUGGAGCAGGGCGUCUACGGGCAGCGGCAGGAGAUGGUGCUGAGCGCCGCCGAGCCGAUGACCCUCCUGCUGGAGUUCUGAAUUAGAAGGGUCAACAUCA